GUCUAAUUAUGAGCAACGAAUAAAUACCCUACAAAGACGAAUAAAAGAAUUAGAAUCGGGGAAUGGUGGUUCUGAUGGCGAUAGCGCACGAGUACGUGAUCUUGAAAACCAAUUAGAAGAAAAAGUAAAGAUAAAUCAACAACAAGAAAUGAAAAUAGAAAAAUUAGAACGAGAUUUUGAAAAAUUAAAUGAAAAUUAUCGGCAGCAGCAAGAGGUUAUGUUAUGUCUUAAUGUAAAUGCUUCAUUGCAAGAAGCAUCCAAAUUAUUAGAAGAGAUAAAAUCGCUUUCAAUAAAGAAUGAUGAUUUAUAUUCAGAAAAAGAACAAAGCAUUGCUAAAAUUAAAUCUUUAUCAGAAGAAGUGAACGAUUGGAAGAGUAAAUAUGAGAAGGUGAAGACAGAAUUGAGAAAUUUGAAAGCGACAUCUUCAUUCUACAAAGAAACGCCCAAAAUCGAUAUUAUGAAUGAUAACUCUUUAUCUCCGACGCAAGAUGGUGCGAUUGAUGAAUCCAAAAUUGUUGCUUAUCAAGUAGCAAUCGAUGACUUAUUAAGAGCUGGACGAUCUGAGGUCUCAUCUAACGUUCUUGUUGCUAUGAAGUCAAUUGUCAUCGCUUGUAAAGGUAUUACCGAAGAAGUUGAUGCAUAUGAACAACGUAGAAAUUCAUCAAUGAAAGCAGAAGAUAAAGAAAAAUUAAAUACUCUAAAAAGUAAGUUUUCAGCUACGCUCCAACAACUUAUGACCGCAGCAAAAAAUCACGCAACUGGAUAUGGUGUAUCACCUGUUAGCUUAUUAGACGCAGCAGCGAGUCAUUUGAAUGCAUCGGUUGUAGAAAUGGUUAAACAUGUAAAACUUCGGCGAACUAGAGGACAAGACGCAAAUAAGCCUAGUUCGGAGUAUACCCCUUUACCACCAAGUGAAAAUAUGUCUAAUGCAUCACCUAGCCAGGAUGAUUUGAAUUCAUCAAAUACAGGACCUAAAUCUGAUUUAAAUGUGGAAAAAUCAAAUGGAUACGCUAUUGGUGUAGAUGAAUUAAAAGAUUUUCUUGAACGUCAAACAGAAUCUAUAGUUCAAUCAAUUCAGACACUUCUAACUGCCAUCAGAAGUGGAUCAUUUGGUAAAGAACUCACAGACAACAUAAACACUAUCACGACGAUUGUUCUUAACGUCAUUGCGGUGUGCCGUGACUCUUUUAGAUCCAAUAAUAUUCCUCAAAGUGUACGUGGUAAUGUUAUAGUAAAAGAAUUAGAAGAAAGUAUUGAUAAAUUAGAUGAAAUGCGAGAAUCAAUAACGGAUAAUAGAGAUGACUUUCUUAAUAAUCGGGCAGCAAAACAACGAUUGGCUAGUGCCUCGUUUGAAAUUGCUAAAUUUACUAAAGAAUUAUUGAUAUUCUUUUUUGCAUAUCAUCGCCUUCUUGGUAUCCCUAGUUUAUCAUCGAUAGUGCUUGACUAUCUUUCCAAAAAAUCACUUCCACACGUCAACCAUGAUGUGUCAUCCAGAUCAAUCAACCCACUCGAACGGUCCACUAUUAAAGAUACGCAAUCUCAACAAAGCCAAUCACAGAAUACACCACAAAAAUCAUCCUCCAAGCCUGAAAUAUGUGACAAUUCUCAACUAUACUCUUCUAUGCAGGCGGCACUACUAAACUUAAUAGAUUCCAAUAAUUCAUGGAAUCUCUUACAUGCGAGCAGAAGUUCUGAUGUCAAAACUACUUUUGAUUUCUUAGCUGAUGUCAAAAGAAGACCGGAAUGGGAUCAUUUAAUGCAAGAAGGAAAAUUAAUUGAAAUUAUUGAUGAAAAUACUACUAUUCAGUAUAUACGCAUGAAAGCUGCAUUUCCUGUCUCUUCUCGUGAUGUAGUUACCUUAAAUCAUGUAGUAAAACUUAAUGAUGGUAGGAUGAUGAUGACUUGUAAGAGUAUUGAAUAUAAAUCAUGUCCAAAAAUACCUGGUGUUAUUAGGCUUGAUUGUGAUUGUGCUGGAUUUAUCGUUGCUCCAAUUAAUGAUCAGCCUAAUAAAUGUUUUGUAACUCAAAUCGCUAAUGCUGAUCCAAAAGGUUGGAUUCCUAAAUCUAUAUUAAAAUUAGUAUCAACAAGGGAUAUGCCUGCCUCUGCUAAAAAAUUAAACAUACUACUAACAAAAAUGCCACGCAAAGAUCCUAACUUUUUUUCUUCUAGUUUUACUCCUAGUUUAACUCCUAGUUUAACUCCUAAAACUCAAUCACCAAUAGUUUCUCAUAUACAUGAGCGUAAUAUUCCUGAUAGUGACAUACCUAUUAUAACUGAAUCACCUACUAAAUGUGAAAAACGUGUUCGUUUCUUAGAACAAUCUUUACCAUCUUCUGAAACUGGUAAUUCAAUCGUAAAACAUCCUAUAAAUUCCACUUCAAAAUCUACACUUUGGAAAUCAUUUGUAGAGACAAUAUGUUUUAUAGGGAAAUAUAUUACAAAGAAAAAGAGUAUUACUAGUGGAUUAGUUAUUGCCUCUACUAUUUUUGCUUUUUUAGCUUUAAUAAGAGUUAAGCAAUUGAGGAAUAGGAAUUUAAUUUGA